UCCUACCACCUUACCGCCUACGUCUCGAGGUACUGGUACGGUUUGCUUUGGUACGGUGCAACAAGUACAUCAGACUAUUCGGGCCUACGUACGUCUAUAUUUUACUCGGGCACCUUCUAAUGUACCGUGUAUGUGUUGUGCCGGUCUCCCCCUGAUUAAGGUACGGUACAUAGACACAUACACAGAUACGUACAUGAAAUCGUGGCAUAUCCUGUCUAGCGAUUUUUUGGACUGGGUAAUAUACCUACUUCGGUACUAGGUCGACUAGCAUUUGGCCAUACUGAUCGAUUGGGAGAGAAAGGAUCAGAUUUUAUAUCCAAGGUUUAACGUUUAACGUUUAAUAAAGUGACACCGAGGUCUCGCUGUUUGGCUCGGGAGAGGUUCUCGGGGGCGCAUAGUUGGCACCUGAUCGCCGUACCCCCUUGCUAUUUUCGGACGCACCCCACACGAACGCGCGACACACCACAUUCGCUUGUGUGGUGAACAAAUCUGAGCCCCAACGAGUCCCGUCCCAGAUCUGCUCACGCCCACGCCGCCCAGCCCUGCCAGCUGUGCCAGCGUGGUUCCAGCCUAUCGUGAGCCAUGUACGCAGGAAACUAUGGCUUUCCCAAUGCUGUUCCUCCUGCCGGAUCACAAUACAAUGGUGGCGCCCCACACUCAGCUUCGCAGAACCCUCAUUUGCAGCCCGGUCAAGGUCCUCCCAACCAGGCUUCGAUGUACAAUCCUCAGCAGUUUCCUAUGGGCGCGCAACCCGGAGUUGGUUUCCCUGGUGCUCCAAACAUGAUGCCGGGUCCUAGUCCUGCAGGAAUGAUGCAAAAUACCGGUAUGCCGCACAUGGCCGCCGCCAAUGGCCCGAUGCCUAAUUAUCAACCACCGUAUACGAACUCGCCCUAUGGUGCUGGUGUUCCUAGUUCUGUCGCGCCGCAAAUGAACGGUCCUACCAGCUAUGCGAUGGCAGGUGGUAUGCCUAUGGCCAGCUAUCCGAUGCAUCCUGGGAUGAAUCCGCAGCAGCAGCAGCAAAUGAUGCAACGUAUGCAGCCGCCGCAGCCAAAUCCAAACGCGCCGGGGAUGUCUACUCCUACACCUCAACGAUCCUUUCAAGGUCAACCUCCUCAAGGCACGCCGACCCCUAACAACACGUCGAAUACACCGCAGCAGCAGCAUCAACAUCCAUUGUCGACACCACAAAAUGCCCACGUUACGCCUCAAAGCAAAACGCCGAACAACGCGCAACAGCAACCUCAGAAUCAGCCGCCCCCCAACAAUAUCCCAACUCCUCAAACGCCGACUUUUCCCGCUUCAACCCAGAAUAGCGGUCCUAAUAAUGCGUCGUCUGGGUCGACGCCUUUAAGUCCAGGCUCAGACUCUAGGGAUAAGGAAAGGGUCGGCGUGAUUUUGGAGAUCAACAACGAAUUGUUACUAGAGGCUAUGCAGAUCCAUUAUACGCGGGACACGCUAAAAAAGGAGAGGACUGCCUCCAAUGGCACUGAGCUUAAUGCAAAUGAACCCGAUAGGCCGACAGAGGACGAAGAGAUACUAUCUCAAGACUACCUUCAUUGUAUGCGUAGACUCCAGUCAAACUUGUCAUAUUUGGCAGCAUUGGCAGAUAAGAAAGGCAACGUCCCGGCUGCGCCAUCUCCUACUUAUCUGAAGGCGCCACCGCUAAACACAGGUGUUAAACUAAAGAUGAUGGUAGGGCCAGAUGGAUCGGAAAGUCAAGAAGCUCCGGAUCGAGAUGAGACGGCCAAAUAUAUCCAAGAAUUAUACAAAAAACUUCAAGGUCUUUAUCCAGGUAUUGACCCUAAUAAGGAACCAGUAUUCCCUGUUCCUCCUGGACGGCAAGGCAACCAAACGGCGAACGUGACAAAGCCAGGGUCACGAACACCUGGUCAGCCCAGUCCGGUUCCCGGGAAACAAAUGACUCCCAAAAUGGUGACUUCAGCACCUCCAUCAUCAAUAGGAAAUAUGGUGACAGGGUUGUAAAUGGACCCGGAACCAC